GCUUUGGGACUCCUCCUACCACUACGAGACCAAGCCCGCUAUGCAGGUCUCCGAGUAGCGCAGACGCCUUCCAGCCUCCGCGCCUGCGUACUCGGUGCCCUCCCUCCCGCACCAUGAAGGUACUCCGGCGCUCAUGGCGGCGCCGGGUGGUGCUGGCCCUAAGCGGCCUAGCGUUUUGCAGCACCACUCUGUUAUAUUUGGCGCGCUGUGCUUCCGAGGGCGAGACGCCCGCAGCCGCUGGAGCCGCUCAACCCCGCGAAAAGGCCUUCCUGGCAGUGCUAGUGGCCAGUGCGCCCCGCGCGGUUGAGCGCCGCAGCGCGGUGCGCAGCACGUGGCUGGCACAGGGGAGGCGCGGCGGCCCUAAGGACGUGUGGGCGCGCUUUGCUGUGGGCACCAGUAGCCUGGGCACAGAGGAGCGGCGCACACUUGAGCUCGAGCAAGCACAACACGGGGACCUGCUGCUGCUGCCCGCCCUGCGCGAUGCCUACGAAAACCUCACGGCCAAGGUCCUGGCCAUGUUGACUUGGCUGGACGAGCACGUGGACUUCGAGUUCGUGCUCAAGGCGGAUGACGACUCCUUUGCGCGCCUGGACGCCCUAUUGGCAGAGCUACGCGCACGUGAGCCUGCACGUCGCCGUCGCCUCUAUUGGGGCUUCUUUUCUGGGCGUGGGCGAGUCAAGCCCGGAGGUCGCUGGCGAGAAGCUGCCUGGCAACUCUGCGACUACUACCUGCCCUAUGCUCUGGGUGGUGGGUACAUCCUCUCUUCGGACCUGGUGCAUUACCUGCGCCUCAGCCGCGAAUACCUGCGCGCGUGGCAUAGUGAAGAUGUAUCGCUGGGCGCCUGGCUGGCACCAGUGGAUGUGCAGCGGGAGCAUGACCCACGCUUCGAUACAGAGUACAAAUCACGGGGCUGCAGCAAUCAGUACCUGGUGACACACAAACAGAGCCCGGAGGACAUGCUGGAGAAGCAACAGACGCUGCUUCACGGGGGCCGAUUGUGCAAGCAAGAGGUGCAGUUGCGCCUCUCCUAUGUCUAUGAUUGGUCAGCGCCACCCUCCCAGUGCUGCCAGCGCAGGGAGGGCAUUCCCUGAUGUCAUUGCAUGUGCUGUGGCCUCUCUGGACACAGGCCAAGCUGCCUGGACAAUCUGGCCAAUUGUCUGGGUGAGCCUGGUUUAUCCAAUAACUGUUGAGGCCUUGGGACCUCAGUCCACUUACUGAUGGCCAGAGGCAGCUAUCAACAUCUAGUCCAUGCCCUGGAGGGUGUGCUCAUUAGUGGUCUUGUGUAAGACCUGUCCAGGGGCAUCUGGUUAUGGAUUUGUAGAUUGCAUCUGCACCCCACACACACCUCCAGCCAGUGUAAUGCCACCUAUCAGCCAUCUGAGGUGUGAGGGCAGGGGGCCUCCUCACUUGAUGAGUUUAUAGUACUGAAUUCUGUCUCUACUUACACUAUGCAGCUCACUGCCCAUCUUGAAUGUUCUACACAGCCCUGUCUGCAGAGUGACCUGCAGACUGUGUUGAAUUUAUCUGUGUAUUGCCAUCAAAAUGUUAUUUGCCUAAAUGGUCAUUGUAUUGUUUGGACAAAGUUCCAUUCUAUGUGUCUCCUGUCUUUAUCCUUUGUCAUGUACAAGUCUGACAUAUGACUUGAUUUUCAAGUCAGCUAGCUUAGAUAGUAUUUUUGUCUCUGAAGAUAGUUUGGUAAAUAUAAUUCAGUUUGGUUGAAACUUAUUUAUAAAUACUGUAAACUUGUGUAGAUAAGAAUUUUAAGUUGAAAGCUGUGUGGUGGUGGUGGUGGUGGUGCUGCUGCUGCUGCUGCUGCACACCUUUAAUCCCAGCACUUUGGAGGCAGAGACAGGCAGAUCUCUGAGUUUGAGGCCAACCUGCUCUGCAGAGAGAGUUUCAAGACAGUCAGGGCUACACAGAAAAAUCCUAUCUCAACCCCCAUCCCACCCCCCAAAAAAUUAAGUUGAGAGUGUACAAGUUUUAAUUUUUGUUAACUAUUUAAGAAAAAUACUUUAUUAUCAGAACUUAUAUCUUUGGAUUAAUCUAUCAACAACCUGAGUGGCCAACCCCACUGCUGGGUGUAUGUAAAACAUAGAAGAUUGUUUAAACUGUCCAUUUCUCUUUCAGGUUACACAUAAGUCCCUUCAUUUUUGUUUUUUCUGAACAGACUACUUUUAAGGCUUUUCAGAGAGCACGAGCUUAUGGACUGUAAGGCAAUCCACAAUCAGGAUGUCCACACUAAGUUUGCUUUUCAGAUAUGCUUGGUUUAUUCACACAAACAUUCCUAACAAUAUCAUGUCAAUAUAGAAGUUAAACAGAUGUCUCAGCUGGGUGGUUGUGGCACUUGCCUUUAAUCCCAGCACUUGGAAGGCAGAAACAGGUGGAUCUCUAUGAGUUCGAGGCCAAUCUGGUCUACUAAUUGAGUUCCAGGACAGUUGGGGCUACACAAAGGGACUAACCCUGUCUCGAAAAACCAAGGGAAAAAAAAAUGCUGCUGUAGGGUUCCACUGAGUAACCUCCAGUGAAUACAUUUUUGAAGUGUGCAGGCUUGACCACUGCCCAUGUGAAGUCCUUCAGUUGUGGUAGACUGGGAGGAUGGCACUGGUAGAAGUCCAGGAGGUCCUUGAGAGUAUAGGCCAAUGGUUAGCACUGACAGGAGGGCCAAAAUGGGUGAAGCAAUAGUGCCACAAGUUCAGAGGUCACUGAGGCCAGGGCCACAAAAAGAGUCUCAAGUCCUCUUGGUAUCAACACAGGCUAUAGAAGCCUUGUUGCAGGAGCUUGGCUGUGUGAUCCUAGAGACACAAACUAAUUUGGAUCCUAGAUUCCAAACUAAUUUUUGUAUCAUUUCAUUGGGAAGUCACUUUGGAUAACGGUUCAUUGGCAUAUCAACACCACCUUCUGGUUAGCUUAUUAGCAUAUCAAGGCCCGUCCUGAACUAGGCUCAUAUUUGAGCUGCCAUUUGGGCUGCCAGGGGGCUGGCUUCUGAGGCCUGGCUAUUACCAAAGCUGUCAGGUGACAAACUCAAGCAUCAUAUUAUUUCAAGUCACACAAAAUGACUUUUGAGUUACACAGCAUGGUUUUUAAGCUGUGUUCCAUACAGGCUUCCAAAAAGGCCUCCAGAUUCCCUUUUUCUCAUUCAGCAGUUUCAGGAAUCCAAACCCUUGAAGAGGUGAGGAGAUUUCUCAGAUUCUGCUUUAAGGAAAUAGUAUUUGCUACCUAGCACCCUAACCACAUGAACUAUAACAGCUAAUAUUGCAUACCCCCUUUUAAUGUAAAAAAAAAAAAUUAAUGGUAUACUUAUAAAAAUAUAAGGUGGUUCCAGGAUAAAUGGGCAAUCUGAGCUGGACUUAACAUCGAGCUUUGGAUGAUGAUGUUGCAAUCUCUGCUAUUUUAAUGGGACCAAUGUUUGGGGUUUUUUUGGUUUUAGAUUUUAUUUUGUUUUUGUUUUUGAGACAGAGUCUAGAUAUAUAGCCUAGACUGGACUUGAACUCAGUCCUCCUGCCUAAUCUGAGUACUGGGAUUACAGGCAUAAACCACCAAGCCCAGUUUAUAUCAAGUUGUUGGUUUGUUUGUUUGUUUUGGUCUGUGUAGCCUGCGUGUAUUCCUGCCUGGCCUCUGCUGUCCCAUUUGGGGUACUGUGGAUGGGGAGAGACAUGCUGACUGCCUGUCAUCAACUUGCUUUUAAAUUCUCAGGCUGUGAACUUGA